GUAAUCCCUAUCUCGCUAGCACAAACUACUUUAAACAAUUGCUGGGCUAGUAGGGUGCCGACGCGGUAAGCCAAUUGCUGCAGGGAACAGUCGUUUAUUUUCAGGCGCAAAUGAGAAAGCCAGGUCAUAGAUUCCUACACUUCACGUACCGCGACAAUAUACGUGAUAUCUCAAUGGCAUAUACCUAUGUAUCUACUCAAAAUAUAUGUCCCCAGCCAGCAUUUCAUGACCAUCGCAACGCGACCAACGCGGAUGUACGCCAAGUAAUGCUUUCACCGCUGUCCCUUUCUGCAGUCAUCCGAACGGCAAAUUCGUCCACGCGCAAAUAUCUUUUGCUUUCAGGAUGCAAUGACGUCCUGAGAGUGCGUGGGAUUCCACUGACCAACCGCGCUCUUCAUAAGUGUUUCACGGUUAUAUCUGCUAUUGACUGCACCUGCAAUCGCUCACCGGCUGACUGGCGACGCCCCCAGGCACAUGCAUAA